AAAGAUGUGAUCCUGGUGAUUGAUUGAUUGACUGAUUGAUUAGCUAAUAUGAACAAAGCAGUGACCGUAAACGAAUCAAAGCGACUAAAAAUAAUAAUCGGGCACAGAGGAAGCCGCCAGAGUCCUUCAAUGAAGCAGGCAGGAGUAUUGUCUGUAACCUCCUUGCUUCUUUCCUAGAUCGCCCAGAAACAUAAUCCCGAGUAAAACACGCUAGAUUCCCGUCGCCUUCUCCUCCUGUAGCUAAUCUGCAGCAAGUGAAAGAAGCUUGUUGUCUUUAUCCAGAUCCGAGGAUGAAAUGCAGCCUGUUCCUAGGGGGACUGUGAAACACGUCCAGGAGAAGAUUAAUACACGCAGCAGAAGCUCACUCAGACGCAGUGUUUGCAGUUUCUCUGGUACGCCUUAAAAUCCGUGCCCCGCCGCUGGAGGAGUCCCUGGGCUUUCGGUGCCAAGGCAGGAAGCAGCAGAAGUAAGCAGCGAUUGUCCUGAAGUCACUGGUGCGCCAAAGUAACCUGUGAUGGGCUGGCAUGAGUCCACUGGACCGGGAAGGCUGGUUCCGCCGGCGGAGGCUCUAAUGAUGCUGGUGGCGGCGACGGUGCUGGUCUCCCUCCUUGCAGAUCAGUGACCAGAAAAAGGGGGAGAGUGGGGAGAGAGAGAGAGGGGGGAAAAAAAGAGGCGUCUACCAAAGCGGCUCAGACAGGCGAACAAAUGCAAGCCAGCCAUGGACAAUAGUAGCCACCACACGGCGACCAAAAUCUUAGCAACUUCUCCAGGCAGAGAGAGCCUGUCUGCUCGAAGCAACAUGAUCAGCACUUCUAAACCCCUGGCUUUCUCCAUCGAGCGAAUCAUGGCCAGGACUCCAGAGCCGAAGUCCAUUCCGGUGCCGCCCUUCCUCCAAGGAUCCGUGCCCAAAGGAGACCCCAAACACUCGUUGCACCUCAACUCCUCCAUCCCCUGCAUGAUCCCCUUUGUCCCGGUGGCGUACGACCCCCUCCCCAAAGCGGGGGUGGCCGGAUCGGAAGCCAGGAAGGCUCACUUGGACUCCUCUGCCUCCCCCUUCAGCUGCGGCGAUCUACUGAACUGUGCCCUGAGCCUAAAAGGCGAUUUCCCCCGCGACGCCCUGCCCCUGCAGCAGUACAAACUGGUGAGACCGCGAGUGGUCAACCACUCCUCUUUCCACGCCAUGGGAGCGCUGUGUUACUUCAACCGCGGCGACGGCCCUUGCCACCCGUCGUCCAGCGUCAACAUCCACCCGGUGGCUUCUUAUUUCCUCAGCUCGCCUUUGCACCCGCAGCCCAAGGCGUACCUGGCGGAGAGAAACAAACUGGUGCUCCCGUCCGUGGAAAAGUACCCUUCCGGAGUGGCCUUUAAAGACUUAUCGCAGGCUCAGCUCCAGCACUACAUGAAAGAAAGUGCCCAGAUCCUAUCGGAAAAAAUCGCGUUCAAGAGCUCGGAGUUCAGCCGGAGCUCUCCCAGCAGCAAGCCCAAAGUUUUCACGUGUGAAGUUUGCGGGAAGGUAUUUAAUGCACAUUAUAAUUUAACUCGCCACAUGCCAGUCCACACAGGAGCCAGACCUUUUGUUUGCAAAGUUUGUGGCAAGGGCUUCAGACAAGCAAGCACGCUCUGCCGGCACAAGAUCAUACACACCCAGGAAAAGCCUCACAAGUGUAACCAGUGCGGCAAAGCGUUUAACCGGAGUUCCACUUUAAACACACACACCCGAAUCCAUGCCGGCUACAAACCUUUUGUUUGUGAAUUUUGUGGCAAAGGAUUUCAUCAAAAAGGUAAUUACAAAAACCACAAACUGACCCACAGCGGCGAGAAGCAGUUCAAGUGCAAUAUCUGCAACAAGGCUUUCCAUCAGGUGUACAACCUGACCUUCCACAUGCACACCCACAACGACAAGAAGCCCUUCACCUGCCCCACCUGCGGCAAGGGCUUCUGCAGGAACUUUGAUCUCAAGAAGCACGUCCGCAAGCUGCACGACAGCGCCCUGGGACUGCCGCGAGCCCCUGCCGAGCCGGGGCCAGACCAGGAGCUACAGCCGCCGGGCCCGCUGCUGCAACAGCCGCACCAUCCGUGAGGGAACUGCAAGCCCGGAGCUCCGCCGGUCCUACUAGCGAGGAAAGCAACCCAGAGCCCCGCGUUGCAACCAUCCGCCUGCUUCUUUGCAUGCACCUGUUAAGCGGUUUUGUGUAUUACGCUCUACUUGGCCACUAACAUUGAUGGACUGGUCGUUUCCUUCUUUUUGUUGUUGUUGGGUUGUUUUGUUUUGUUUUCUUUCUUUCAAGACUCGCUUUUUUUUAACAUCUCAGGGUUAGAGAUGGUUUAAAAAAAAAAAAGCCAAGCCAAUUUCUGCUGUAUUUAUUGGGAUCUGUAUUAUCCGAGCCGGGAAUGCUGCACCAAUUAAUUAUUUCGAUGUGUGUGUGUGUGUGUAUAUAUGUAUGUAUUGGUUCUGCCCUGUCUUCGAUGCCCGCUGGUUGUCCCUUCUUGAUAGCUCCCCUCCUUCACCCCCUCCCUGAAUAUCGUAUCUUUAUGGCCAGAGCUGGUUCACUAUGUACGGAUUUGAAUUUCAGUUUGAUUCUUGCACGUGGAAAAUGAAUUCGUUGACCUGGUGGAAAUAAAUACUUGGAGCGUGAUGAUUGAAUCAUCAAGGGCGCAUUAGCUAUUUACAUUAUUCAGCUACCAGACCAAUGAUCCUAUUAAAGAGCUGUGAUCCCACCAUACCGCUUCCUAAUGUAUUGAUAAGGAAAGGCUGGGGGCGGGCGGAUGAUAGGUAAUACCAACAUAGAGGGGCUGUGUGUGUGUGUGUGUAUUUAUGUUUAAUCAAGAAAGGAAGAUGGCUGGAAAUCAAAACUGUGGCUGAUGCCAGGUCCUUGAAAUGCUCCAAGUGUUAAUCAGCAGCUCUGCUGUGAGCUUAGGCGCUGGUGUUUUCUAACUGCAAACCUCUCCUGUUUUCUUGCCAAAACACUGAAACAACUGCUAAAGACUUUAAUUAAGAGGGGGUAAUUAGCUCGGAUUUAUCAAAGCCGGGUUGUUAUACUAUUAGCCGCUCAGUAGAAGCUGCCAAUCCAGCCUUAAAAACUAAGCACGCUCCUACCGGUCGUUGCCUAGAAAGAAAGCGGGGCGGGAGAAUGGAUGAGCCCGGGAAGGAGAUCUUAUUUUAUGUAAUUAUUUUAAAUCUCUCCUGUGCCAAAACAAAAUUAACCCCCCCCCCCAAUCGGGUGCUGUCCCCAGCCAUUAGUAAAAGCAGCAUCGUUAAGGGGCUUCUUUUGCUACUAUUAUUUAUUCGCCUCCUCCCCAAAAGAGACGGGAGCCGCACGCGGUGCUCAGAGCCAGGCCGGCCGCCCCACGUAACCCUCUCCCAGAGCGGGGGGAGUUCGGGGCUCUCCUCCGGGACGCCUUGUUUGGCAUGAAAUAGACAAACUCGCCGGGAACAUCUUUUCCAGAGGGCGAGGGCAGUGGGCAGCAAAAUGGAUGCGGGCGAAGCUCGGCCCCCCCCCCCCCACGCCCACCCGAAGGGGGCCGAGCUGAAGUUACACCGAAUGGGUUUACACCGAGCUGAGGUUACACCGUCUGCUGCGCACUGCACCUCGGCAGGAGGGUGUCUGACACCCACGGCCGCGCGUGGGAAGACAAUGUACCGACCGGGCGGAAAGCCGAUCGAGAGGAGCAGAGCCUAAGGGGUUCCGAUGCUCUCCGGGAGACAAGGUGGGAGACUAGCCAGCAUUGCCUGGGCACGGACAGACGGCACAAGGGCUACGACUGUGUGGCCGCAGACACCGGGGAGGAAUUUCAGGGAGCGUGCGAACUAAACAGAUCCCCGACAAAUGAUCCGCUCUUGGGACGUUACAGCUGCUCAGUCACGACCUUCGCGUCCCGGCAGACCCCUGGAGGUACUUGUCUCCCAGCUGCCUGGUGCGUUGUGUUCUGAGCAAAUAUUUGGACAAUUCAGGUUUCUUUUCCGAGCUUAGAGGAUACAAUGCUUCUGGGCGGCGUGUUGCCCAUGAACACAGAUCUCCAGGUCCUGGCUGCGAAGUUCUCAAACGGAUCACACGAUCACACCCAGCUCUUCCCUGUGUUUCCAGGAUCUGGACUGGCGUCCGGAUCCCGGCUCUGUAGAAGGGAUCUGCAGCGGAAGCGAGUCGAGCUGGUUGUAGGGACAGGCCUAGGAGGUCAGGUCAGGUGAAACAGCAGUUUGUCGUUUUGUAAACCAUGAGCGGUCCCUUUGUCGGGGUGCCCUGGGGAAUGGGCUGUUUGAUAUGAAUCUGUAGAAUGGGCAUAAACUUUAAACAGACUUCCUUUGUCUAAAUAUGUGUUGGAAAGUGCUGUAAACGCGGAAGUAGUCUCCCUUUCACAUACAUGAGGUUAGCCAUUGGGGCUUUAAGAGAAGAUUUUAUUUGUAGAAUAAACAAACCGGGGGAGGUGCAAAACAACGCAUGUGAAAGGGCA